UCGCAAAUAAUAGUAUAGAUAACGCACAACACAACGGAUAAAUCGUGCGAGUAUAUACUACUCAUGGGCCUUUAAUUAAUGUAUCAACAUCUACAAUCGGGUCCCGUGUUAGCAAAAAUUAAACGAUCUAAAAUUAGCGACUGAGUGAAAUAUUUAUAUACUGUUUUGAAACUGGACAAUCAUAAUAAAGCCCAAACUAAGAAGCCCAGCCCAGCCCAGUUAACACAGUUUAUUAGUAGACAGAUGUUCUGUAAGAGACGGCGGUGGAAAGGAAGGAAGCGAUGGUGUUCUUUAUGUCGUAUCCGCCGACACGGCGGCAGAUGAUGGUGUCUGUUGGAUUUUUCGCGGCGGGCGUUUCUCUCUUCGCAGCCGGAGCGUAUCUCUCACUCGAAAAUAUAGGACCGCAACAAGCUCGCGUCAAGGCUCGGAACCAAUUCGUUAAAGAUCGGAUCAGGAAAUGGCUCGACGAUUAGAGAUCACAAAAUCCAUUUGGUGCUGAUUCUCGCUGUAAUUUUAGAUUUUGAAGUGAAGGGUUCUUUAAGGGUUUAGGGCUUGAGCGAUCUGAAUCUCCAGUUUAAUGUUAAAUAUCGAAAAGCUCGACACGUUAAAGUUUCAAGCUUUUUUGCUUACAUAUGAAGAAUCCAUCUUGAGAAAACGAGGGAACAUAGAGAAUUGUAUGUAGAUCAUUAGUACAUGUUAAAGUCUUUAGAUUCUACCAAUCUGGAAGUUAGUCUCAGACACGAGAUGAGAUGGUCUUUUGAAGAAGCCUUGUUUGGUUUUAUAACU